AUGGUAGCUAGUAUUAGAUCAGGUGUGCUGACACUUUUACACACGGCGUGCGGUGCUGGUAUCCUGGCCAUGCCGUACGCAUUCAAGCCGUUUGGAUUAAUUCCUGGAGUGAUAAUGAUAGUGCUGUGUGGGGCGUGCGCUAUGCAAAGCUUGUUCAUACAAGCUCGUGUAGCUAAAUACGUACCACAGGGGAGGGCCUCGUUCAGUGCUCUGACGCGGUUGAUUAACCCAAAUCUAGGUAUUGUGUUUGACCUAGCGAUCGCUAUCAAGUGUUUUGGUGUGGGCGUCUCUUAUAUGAUUGUAGUUGGGGAUCUGAUGCCCCAAAUAAUGUCUGUGUGGACCAGAAAUGCUUGGCUGUUGAACAGGAACGUGCAAAUUUCACUGAUCAUGCUUUUUUUCGUGGCCCCGCUGUCUUUUCUGAAGAAGUUGAAUUCGUUGAGGUACGCUUCCAUGGUGGCCAUCUCUUCUGUAGCGUACUUGUGUGUUUUGGUGUUGUUGCACUAUGUAGCACCAUCAGAUGAGAUUCUUCGCUUGAAAGGCCGGAUCUCCUACCUCCUGCCACCACAAUCGCAUGAUUUGAACGUGCUAAACACUCUUCCAAUUUUUGUCUUUGCCUACACAUGUCACCACAAUAUGUUUUCAAUAAUCAAUGAGCAGAGGUCAAGCCGGUUCGAGCAUGUGAUGAAGAUUCCACUGAUAGCAAUAUCUUUGGCUCUCAUCUUAUAUAUUGCGAUCGGCUGUGCUGGAUACCUGACAUUCGGCGACAACAUCAUUGGAAACAUUAUCAUGCUGUACCCGCAAGCGGUCUCGAGCACCAUCGGCAGAAUAGCGAUUGUGUUGUUGGUGAUGCUGGCGUUCCCACUACAGUGUCAUCCUGCAAGAGCUUCAAUCCAUCAGAUUUUGCAACACUUCGCCGAGGAAAAUGUAAGUAUAAGUGCUACAUCGGCGGAUGAACCCACUGUUGCUACCGAAAGUUCUCCGUUGAUUCGCGACAGUAGCCUUGACCUCAAUGAGGUAAUUGAAGAAGAAUCUAUUUAUCAGCCUAAGGAGACUCCAUUGAGAGGCAAGAGCUUUAUUGUUAUAACGUGCAGCAUUUUAGUUGCAUCAUAUCUUGUCGCCAUUUCGGUUUCCUCCUUGGCCCGUGUACUGGCCAUUGUUGGGGCCACAGGCUCCACUUCUAUUUCUUUCAUUCUGCCCGGGCUCUUUGGCUACAAGCUUAUAGGAACUGAGCACAAGACAGCCGUGCCAUUGACGACAAAGAUUUUCAAAUACACAGGUCUUCUCUUGUUUAUCUGGGGGCUAAUAAUCAUGAUCACCUGCCUGACCGCAGCUUUGAAGCUAAACUAA